AACUGUAAUUUAUUUUCUAUUCAUCAAAAUAGGAAAAUAAUAUUUUCUUUACGCAUAUUCAGUAGCCGGUAAAAAAGAUACUGAUAGAAGUUUUUUUUUUUUUUAAUUACUCAAAGUUUACUGUUGUAUAAGCGUUGUAUACCGUUAGGUAUACCUUAUUUAUGAAUGUGGGAAUCUUUAACAGAGUCAACAGCAAAAUUAAGGAGGGUGACGGAAUGUAUUCCGAAUGGAACUCUCUGCCAUUGGAAGGUGGAGGGCAUGGAGUGCUUGGUGCAGUGGGUGGCCGUGAUGUUGUCUUAGCAGUUGUGCAACAAUUAGCCUCACACCAACCUAGUCCACUUACUACUGACAGUGAGGUUGAAUGGGUGCUAGAAGUGAUUCGUUAUGGGCUUUCAUUGCCUCUAACAGAGCAUGAAGCACUUCGAGAUUGUGUUCGUGUUUGCUGUUCGUGGCUGUCGGCAUUGCUGCCGCCUGCUGCCCCUGCGCAACCUCCGCCUCCAGCUGUCCCUCCGCCCUUGGCUGCUGAGCCUCAUAGAUAUGCCAAUAAAAUCCUAAAUCAUCUGCAUAACUUAUUUGUUCCACGGCCAAAUGAAACCUUGGCAUUUAUAUACCAAACGGAAUUAGGUGGUAAUCUCAUAAGCAAACAAGCUGUGCUGUGUCAUCGGGUCCUUCGACUGGCGCGUUCGUUAGCCGAUAGUGCCUCGCUUGGCCCACGUGAGUGGAGAUCGCUGCUCCUUCUACUAUUGGCCGCUGCAGCGGCUCUACUAGCGCCUCCCGCACCUCUUUACGGCGCCGCUGAGCAACUUUGCGAACGAGUGCUCUGCGUGCUCUUUGAAGUGUGGAUACUUGCAUGUCACAGAUGCUUCCCGUCGCCGGCGCUGUGGCGCACGCUGCGCGAGCAGUGCGUGCGCUGGCGGCACCGCGCGCCGCUUACGGAGCAGUGGGCGCGCGUGUCGCUGUGCCUCACGGCGCGCCUGCUGGCGCACAUGUACGGCCCGCUCUACCCCGCCAUGCCCAUCGGUGAAGAAGACGCAAAUUUAGUACCCGCGGAUAUGAGCGCCGAGGCGGUAACGCAGAGCUGGUACCGCAUGCUGCAUACCAUCGGCAACCCCGUCGACCUCACCAAGCCGCAUCUCAUCAGCCACACUCCGGAAUUCCUACAGUAUUGGAUGACGGCGGAAGAGGGUCGUGACGGUCGAGAGGGUCGCGAGGCGUGGGUGGGCUCGCUCGCUCACAUCUUCCACCGCGCGAUGCUGGGUGUGGCCGCGCACGUCGAUGCCUUCCUCGGGCGCAGCACGGCGCGCUGGAGCGUGCAGGGCGCGGGGGCGGGCGCGGGCGCGGGGGACGAGGGCGAGGUCACGCCGCCGGCGCACCGCCGCCUCGCCAAGUCCUUCAGCGCGGCGCGCCCGCGCGACAAGCCGCUCGACAAAAGUACACCGCGGUCGUCCCUAAUAGGUUUGACAAGCAGCCGACCUUCAAGCGUCGUUCCAAGUACUCCGCCGAAUUCGAUCACAUCCCAAGGCGAAAUAGAAAAGCCGCCAUUGACGCCAUUGCGUCCAAAAGUCAAUUCUAUAUUCCAUCUUUUUGGCGAAUGGCUUUUCGAAGCUGCUCUCGUGGGAACGACGCCGGCAAACAGCAAUCAACAAAAAGCUGACGGCACGCCACCUCCGCCUUCCCUUUCUGACGCGACGCAAAAAUUGAACAUGCUGAGCUACCAAGCGGGCCGCGCCGUGGCGCUGGGCACGCUGUGCCGCGUGAUCUGCUCCAAGCAGUGCCGCGAGGAGGUGCUGGCGCCGUACCUGGCGCGCACGUACGCGGCGCUGCAGCGCGGCCUGCGCGACCCCGCCACCGCCGCCGCCGUCGUGCUGGACGCCGCCGACAUCUUCAGACUCGACUUGGACGGCGUGCUAGUUCUAGUGCCGGACUUCAUAACGGCUCUAGAUCGCAUCCUUUCCGAGCGUGAACCGAAAUUGGAGUGCGGUUCGAUCGAUAAGCGCGAGCUGCGCAAGGCCGCCAUCAGCCUCCUCCUGUCCCUGGUAGCUUUCCCCUACCACUACAGAGGACUGGCCGUACCGGAGUUUCCGGGAUGCAACGAGUACGCGGGCGUGACGAUAGGCGAGUACGCGCGCGGGCGCCUGUCGCAGGUGUGCGUGUCGGCCGUGCAGGCGGAGAGCUCGGAGGCGCUGGCCGUGCCGCUGCUGAGCGCGCUGUACCUGUGCGUGCGCCACAACGCCGCGCACACGCACGACCACGCGCCCGACGCCAAGGCGCGGUCGGAUAGCAGCGGGCCAGUUAGUGCAGACAGCUCGCAAGAUGACUUCGCUGCAGACGUUAGAGAGCUUGAUCCAUCUUCGCCCUUUUUUGGAUCGGCGCUAGUCGUUCGCGCUACCUACUUGGUCUGUCACCGUCUGAUCUCAUCGUGGAAGGGUGACCUGCAAGUGUCGCUCGCCGCUCUCGAACUGCUCUCUGGACUCGCUAAGUUGCAUUCUUCGAAACCGGAGGCGGCCGAGCGCAAGCGCGCCGUGCGCUGGAUCUGCGACUACAUCGGCGUGCAGUGCGGGCGGCCGCCGCAGGCGCACUCGCGCGACCUGCACUCGUGCGUGGUGGCCGCCUACACGUGCCUGGCGGCGUGGCUGUGCGCGCCGCUGCUGGCCGACGCCGACUGCCUGGCCGCGCUGCUCGAGGUCGUCGAGCUCGGCAUCUCCGGCUCCAAGAGCCAGGGUAAACCUGGCGAGCCGCCUAAGAUGAAGGAUGAAAAGGAGCUGAAACCUGUCUCGAUGAGAGUGAGAGACGCCGCCGAAUCUUUACUGAUGCUGAUUUUGGAACAGGUUGGUAACAACGAUGGAGGCAAAUGGUGUAGGUUGGACGAACGCUGGCUAGCCGCAUUGGGUCACGGAAAAUUGCGACAUUUCGUCGUCGACGGGAACACAAUACUGUCGUUGUUGGAGGAGCCUCUCGCGAAUAGUCAGGAACCACAACCUACGAUCGUUGCUAUAAUCCGCUGCGGCUGGGGUCGCUUCGCGUGGUCGCUGAGCAGCCGCGGCGCGCCGCGCUGCGCCACCCGCGGCGCGGCGGCGUGCGCGCGCCCCGUGCCCAUGCUGGAGCCGCCGCCGCGCGCGCCGCCCGCCUGCCGCGCGCUGCCCGCCGCGCCGCCCUGCGCCGUCGAUGCGGCGUUCCCGACUCUAGACGCCGUUUUACGACAGCUUAACGACCCCGAAGCGACUACUCUCUUUAAGCUACUGGAGCAGCAGGCCGCUAUUGAGAAAAAAGUCAGAGAAAGUGAGGACAAUGUUGUACCAGAAGAAUACGUUCCACCCGAUCCAGUCACAGAGUUCCAAACCGCGAGGCUGUUUCUUUCACAUUUUGGAUACUUGAAUAUUGGUGGAGAUAAAAAGGGCGGCCCGGCGCGGCUGUGCGCGCUGGACGCGCGCGCCGAGGGGCUGUCGGCGGCGCUGCGGCGCCUGGACGCCACGGGCAGCCGCGCCGCGCUCACCGUGCACGUGUUCUACGCGCGCGCCGGCCAGACCCGCGCCACCGACAUCGUGGCCAACGCCGCGCAGCACGGCGCCGUCUCUCCCGCCUUCGUGCGGAUGCUGCGCGGACUGGGAACGCCGGUGCGCGUGCGCGGACACGCGGGCUGGAGCGGCCACGUGCGCAGCAGCUACGACGCGCAGCCGCCGCGCGACGAACCGCCGCCGCCGGAGCCGCUGACGCCCAGCGUCUACGAUGGCAGGGAGCAGGUCCUGUACUGGUCGGAUUCGACGGAUGAAAUAGCGUUCGUGGUGCCGUCGGGAUACGAACUGACCGAAACCGACGAUCAAAGCGACAGCAUGAAGUCCGACGUCGAUGGCUCCUGCUGCUCGGUCAACCGCGGCUCGUGGUGGGACGUGUCGGGCGAGCGCGACGACCGGCGCGAGCGGCCCGACAAGACGCGCGCGCUGUCGCUGGAGCUCGAGCGCCCCGCGCCCGCCGCGCCCGCGCCGCCGCCGCCGCUCUCCGGUAGUGGAAGGAGAAACAGAGAUUUUACGCCGAAGAUUCUCAUCAUUUGGUUGGAAGAUUUCGAGGACCAUCUCAAUCUGCCGAUAGACGACCUGGUGCGCUACUGCGAGACGGGCGUGCCGUGGCGGCGGCACGAGAGCAGCGCGCUGUGCGUGAGCAGCGCGCGCGGCGGGCUGGCGCGCGUGCGCGUGCGCGCGGGCGGCGCGGGCGUGCUGGCGGACGGCGCGCUGCUGGCGCCGCGCCUGCUGCCGGCCGCGCUGCGCCGCGCCGCCUGCUUCCUGGCGCGCCGAGCGCGGCUCAACACCGACCUAUACCAACCUCCGCACGUCCGAAGACGACAUCUCAUACAGGAUAUUGCGCAGCAGUAUAAGAAGGAUUUGACCGAACCGGAAUUAUUGGAAUCUUUAUUCAAAGCGCCCUAAUGCUUUGAUAUGAUUCUGAUGUUAUGGUUUAUGAAAGAUUCGGAGAAGAGAAUACAAUGGAAUGUCCUAAAUGUCCUUGUAUAUGGAUUGAAUUUCCACUUCUAUUAUUUUAACCGUAUUUUACCCUCAUUGCUAAAUAAUGUGCUCUGCUUCAAAAGCGUGGCAACUUAAUUAAUAAAUAAUAAACAAAAGAAAAAAAAUACACAUACAAAAUCGUUAAACAACUGAAAUUUAUUUAGGUGAUACAAUAGACAAAAUACGUAACAAUGCAUCAGAAAAAAACCUCACUAAAUUUUAACAGACUGCUCACCGUAAUGACACCAUAAACGUAAUACUGAUUCACUUCACAACAAAAAAAAAAUCACCAUAAUGUGUAAUAUUUUUUCGAUAAGUAUUAGCAUAUUACUAUAGAUCUGCAAAUAUUGUUUUUUAAAUUAUAAUCGUAAUUUUAAGACUGAAUCUAAUUUAGAUGUUAGUGAAAUUAUUAAAUUUAAAAAUAUAACAUUCCAAUAUGUAGAUAUAUAAGUAUUAUAUUAUUAUUUUUUUAAAAUAA